CAGAAAGAUAGUUUUGGGGAAGCAUUUCAGAAGCAUGAAAAGGAUGAAGAUCCAAAUGAGGUCAAGCAGUGGAGAGAGGAUCUUAAGGCUUCUGCAGAUUUGGGCGGCUGGAACCUCAAAACCACGGCCGACGGGCGUGAAGGAGUGUUUAUCAAGAAAAUUGUUGGGGAUGUCAAGGGACUACUGAAAACCACAGACUUUAAAGAAGCCAAGCACUCAGUUGGAAUGACUUUUCGCGUGCAAAAAUUCAGUACUAAUUACUUAGACGUUGGAGGUUCACCUAAUGUUCAAAUAAUUGGAAUUUGGGGUAUGGGCGGUAUAGGUAAAUCAACGCUUGCCAAAGCUGUUUGUAGCAAUUAUCAGCAUAGUUUUAGUCGUCAAUGUUACCUUGAAGAUGUGAGGAGUAAAAAGAAAGAGAUGGUUAGUCUGCAAGAACAACUUCUUCGAGAUAUUUUAAAACAGCCUGACAUUAAGGUAAGCAGUGUUGCCGAAGGGACCGAAGAGAUCAAGAAAAGACUUGGAAGCAUGAAGGUACUUGUCGUGGUUGAUGACAUAGAUGAUGCAGACCAAUUAGAUGAAUUGGCAAUAGAACAUGAAUCGUUUGGUCCAGGGAGCAGAAUUAUUAUAACAACAAGAGAUGAACAAGUGCUGAAUAUACAAAAGGUGGAUAAAAAAUAUAUGGCAUAAGCAAUGACAGAGAAAGAAGCUCUUGAGCUCCUUAGUUGGCACGCCUUUGGAAAUCCUUGUCCCGACGAAGAAUAUAUUGAACUCGCAAGAGAUGUUGUUGACUAUUGUGGAAGAUUGCCCCUAGCUCUGAAAGUUGUUGGUCGUUUGUUGGCUACGAAAAAGAGUAAAACCAUGUGGCAAAAUACAUUGGAUAAAUUGAGAAAUAUUCCAGAUGGAAAAAUUUAUGAAACACUUAAAUUAAGCUACGAUGGGCUACGUGAUGAUCAUGUGAAGGGUGUGUUCCUUGACAUAUCUUGUUUCUUUGAUGGAGUGAGUAUAAGUGAUGUCACAACAAUAUUGGAUGGUUCUAGUCGUUUUUCUGUAGAAGCAGAAAUUACCACACUCUGCGAUCGAUGUCUCUUAUAUAUUGAUGAAGCUACAAAUUUGAGAAUGCAUGAUUUGAUUCGAGAUAUGGGAAGAGAGAUUGUGCGUGCAGAAUCUCCUGUGGAAUUGGGAAAACGUAGUUGAUUGUGGCAUAGUAAAGAUGCAAAAAGCGUGCUAAGGAACAAAUCUGGAACAGAAGCAGUUGAAGGACUAAGGUUACUUUUGCCAGAACAUUCUGAUGACGAGCAAAGCUUCAGUACGAAAGCGUUUAAGAAUAUGCGACGUCUGAAAUUUCUCGCGCUGAAACAUGUAAAGCUGACUGGAAGCUACAAACAUCUUUCCAAGGAGUUAAGUUCCUUGCUUUGGAUUGGAUUUCCUUUUGAAGCCAUACCAGCAGAUUUUGAUCCAAGAAACCUGGUUUAUUUAGGCCUGUGGGACAGCAAGCUUGUACGAAUUUGGGAGGAUUCGAACCUGGUUUUAUAUCUACGUCAUUGCACAAACCUUCAGGCAAUCCCAGAUUUGCCGAACAGUUUGCAAACAUUGAAAGCGAGUUACUGCACUGCACUGGAAAUAAUGUCCGACUUUUCAAAGAUGUCAAAAAUGAGGAAAUUGGAACUGAAAGACUGCCGCAACCUCAAAGAUAUUCCAAACUUGGAGAACUCAUUGGACAACAUGUAUUCAAUUCAUAUGGAAGGGUGUACCAGUCUCACUGAUACUUUUAAGGAGAACCUCCGAACGAAAAAUGCAUUUGGUGGAAUUUUUCUCUCCGGAAAUGAUAUUCCUAACUGGUUAGCCUAUGUCGCCGGAGAGGAUAAAACUGUCAAAUUUGAAGUGCCGCCAAGUACUGAUUAUAUAGGAGGGUUGGCUUUGGGCAUCGUUUAUUCUUCAGACAACUCCGACUCUACCGGGUAUCUAUACAUUGAUGUUGUUAAUCGUACCCAGCGAACUAAUUUUCGCAUCCGGACAAUUAAGGCCACCAUAACUGCUUUCCAUAAAAAUUAUCUUUGGUUGGGAAAUCUUUCAAACAAGAAGCUCAAUCUGAAAGGCGGCGACAUUGUUCUUGUAAAAGCAGAAUUUUAUGGAGGAUAUAAUAGAAUUAAGGUGAACAAAACAGGAGUGGAUAUUGUAAAAUGGAAUUUGUCUAAUGGUCUUACUAAUUGGGAGGACUAUGAGACUAUAUCAUAUAAGUCUAAUGAAGACAUUGAUGACGAUACAAAGUUGAGCUAUCGCCACGUUUUCCUCUGCUACAAGACCCCCGAGGCCUGGCCAUGGCACAUUGAAGGCUCCGAGUCCAAUCCACUCCCUAAGUUCUUUGCAUCCGCUCUCAAAGCUCGCAAGAACGACAUAACCGUUAAGACGUUGCUGACAAUAAUUGAAGGACGCGAAGGAACUGAGUUUUCCAAUGGCAAUGUAUUGAUUUUCCCACAAAUGAUCAAAUACAGGGGCUUGAAAGAGUCAAAUGUGGACAACUUUAUUGAUGAUGUCCUUGUGAAUGACAAACCAUGGGCUUCUGGAGUGCAAGAGCCGUUGACUGGCCCCCAUGUAUUCAUAUGCGCACAUAUGAGUCAAAAUGAAUGGAAUCGUUAUCGUGCACGUGUUCUCAUUGAUAAGUUCAAAGAGGAGGCUGAGCUGCGAGGAUUGACGGAUCAGGUAUUUGUUACUGCUUGCUCUCACAUUGGAGGCCACAAGUAUGCUGGAAAACUCAUGAUCUACAGCCGAGAUUCAGAUGGAAGCAUGACAUGCCAUUGGUAUCCCUUCGUCACUCCUUUUGACGUGGCGAAAUCACUUGAUAAGCAUAUUGGGAAGAGAAAGAUUACAGAACGACUUUGGAGGGGCCAAAUCGGAGCAUCUUUUGAUGAAGCUGAAAAAUCUAAUGACCAGAAGCUUCCAAAUGGAGGAGAAAAUAAGAAAAUCAAGAAGCCCCAAGAAAAUGGCAAUCAGAGGGGGACGAAGCGGAAGCGAGAAUGUCGGCUUGGGAAGGGAGAGAUUAUAGAACGACAUCGGAGGUUUGUCCCUUUUUGGUUUUGCCUACUAUCUUUAGAUGAAAAUUUCACUGGACGGAAGCUUGUGUUGUCAUAUUUUUCAAUUGCUGAUUGUGUCUGGUCUUGUAUGAUAGAUUAAUUGAUAUAGAGUUACAUUAACAUGGAGGAACUUUUGUGGAGAAAUCACAAAAGAAUUGGAUAUAA